AUCGUUACAUUCUGUCGUAUCUCGCAUCCAACCACCACAACGAUCUCGUCUCGACUUCUACUCUGCACAAUUUUCUUGCGCAUCUCAAUCUCAAGAAUCGGCCGGCAUUUCCACUCACAACAUCACACAAUCCUCCGUGGAUUUUUUUGUAUAUCUUCUCGCAAAAGUAUCUAUCGGGGAAAAUCAAAAUUUUCCCCCCGGUUCCGAUCGCUUGAUCACCAUAAGAAGAACACAUGUUGGCAAUGCGCCGCCGCUAUCGUAAUCAUCGUUGUACUUCGUAGAUACUCAACUCAUUUCAUUUUUCUCUUCUUAUACGGGUGUUUGGCGCGGUGCUCCUUGGGCUUCUUUGACUUUCGUUUCAACUACUACCGUGGAGAAGACGCACCAUCAACAACAACAGAACAGUCCUCCAAUCGUCGACCAUCACGCAAACGCAACGCACAUACACAUUUUGUUUAUUUACGUGCAAAGAAUUGUAUAUUUUCUGGGAAGCUAGCGAACAGGCAGGCAGACGACUACGACGACAACGGGCAGAUCGGUAGUCGGACGGACGGAUAUUUUCUUUUUUUGAAUUUAAAAAUACAAAAAUACAAACAAAAAAAAAAACUACUAAAUGCUCUCUCGGUUUCGAAUCGAAUCGGCAACGGAUCGCCAUCGCGCAUAGUGCACAACCCCGCGCUCAAUUCGAAUGUUUUCGAGUGUAUGUUUCAAUUCAGUUGAAUUGUGUACGCCUGCGAAGUGACUUCGUCCGUCGAUGAAGGUUAUAUGGAUUUUUUUAAUUUUCAAAAAUUAAAAAAAAAAAAAUUAAAAAUUCUAAAAACGGUUAAGAUUUUUGAAAAAUUGUUCAAAAAUCUAAUUUUUUAAAUUUGGAAAAUAUUUUUUUUUUCAAAACUACUUGAAUUUUGAAAAUUUACAAAAAAAAAACACAAAAUUUUGGAAUACCAGUGAAAAAUUAUCAAAAUUUCAAAAAAAAUUGAAAAAAAGUUUUAAAAAACCUUAACUCAAAAAUUUAUUAAAAAAUCAUUUUUGAAACUUUGAAAAAAAGGAUUUUCGAAAAUAAAAGUGAUAUUUCCUCCAACCGGAAAUUGAGAUUGAUGUUGUGAGGGUUGUUUCCGAUUGAAAAUUAUUUUGGGUUCGGAUAAAGUGCGUUUUGUUUUUCUUUUCUUCUCUCGUUUAGACAAGUGUCCGGAUCUAUGUGCACUAUCUGUGUGUAUUUUUGUUGUUGUUUGAAAAAUCUUAGAAAUUAAAAUUGAAACUACGAGAAGAAUAUUAAUUGAGUUGUUAAAGAAAAAAUUGUAUAAUUUGAGUGUGUUUUUUUAUUUAAAUUCAAAAUUCGAAAGGGUUACCUAACUACCUACCUCUACUACACUGAUAGAUACUUAAAGUGUGCCAUAUCCGGUGAGGAAUUAAGUGGAAAUCAAAUUUUAAAUUUUUAUUUUGUGCGCGAACUUUAUUUUUAAUUCGUCAAUUAUUAUUAAUUUAAAUAACAAAUUACGAAGAUACAAAUAUAUAAAACAAAAGUGAUUGAGUUAUAUCUAAAAGUUACCGAAUUCAUCAAAAUUAAUUUUUUUUUAUAUCAUUUUGAAUGCUUUAUUGAUCUUUUUUAUGGAUAACGUUUAUUUACCUGCAAACGGAGAUUUGGCAAUGUAUUGAAGCACCAUAAUGCAUUGACAAACACACACCCCAACAAUAAUUGCAACAAAACAAAAAGUAAACUUCCCAGUGAAUAAUGUUCGAUUACCAAGAAACAGCAAUUUGAUCAAAAAUAUACAAAUAAAAAAAAAAUCAACUUUUAAUAACAACAUACCAUUUUAGUCAAAACAAUUGGUUUUUUGUUGCCAAGAAAAAUCCAAACAAAAUAAAUUAUAUUCUACAAAAAAAAAAUAUAUAAAUAUUAUUUUUUGUUCAUUCACCAGCAAUAUGCAAAAUUCAACGAAUUCCCACAAAAUUACUCAUUCAAAUGUUUGUUUAUUUACAACGACCUCACAAAAACGUUCCAAAAUGAAAAUAUUGAGAAAAUUAACAGCAUUUCCAGAUUUGCUUACAAAUUCCCUAGUUCUUGUAAUUUUAGUUAUUUCAAUAUUUCAAAUUAAUUAUGUGGCAUCAAGAAAAUUGCCCUCGCAAUCAACGACUGCUCCAACUGAAUUUGAAACUGUGGAAUUUAUUUUAGAUGGCAAAUCAAAAACAGAAGAAAAAGUUCCAGCUAACUCUAGAAUUCAACUCAGGUGUAAAUUUGAAAAUCCAAUUUGGUUUAAAAAUGAUGAAAAACUUAAUACAGAUAUCCGAAGAUCAAAAACAUUGAAAUUUGAAAAAAUCAAAAAGACCGAUGCCGGCAUCUAUUCGUGUCGUUCUGACACAGAUGGAUCUUGGGCGAAUUUGACAUUGAGUGUAUCACCUGCCGGCGAGAUGAAAGCUGAUUUCGCUGGAAAUAUGCAAUCAUUUUCUCAGGUUUCCCAAGUUGCAGCGGAAGUUGCUGAAGCUUUGGUGGGAAAUUCAAAUACAACUACUACUGAUACUGAUCAUCAGCAUCAUCGUGACAAAUCUUCAGAUGAUUAUGUUGACAAGGAACUUGAAGAAAAUGCUGAUACUGAUCAGGAUGAUAAUAAUCACCAUACCGAAGAUGGACAUCCACAGGAAUAUGCUCCAAGAUUCAAACCAAAAACAGUUCUACCGAAAUACUUACCAAAACCUUCGGGAAGUUUUAUCAAGCUUAAUUGUGCAGUUUAUGGGGUUCCAACACCAAAUAUAACUUGGACGAAAAAUGAGAAACCAAUCUCAAGAAGUAUGGGAAAGGUUGUCUACAAAAAAUGGGGUAUUCAAAUGGAAGAUUCGAUACCGGAAGAUUCUGGAAAUUAUACGUGUCUUGUUUGUAAUAUUCAUGGCUGCACUGAACACACAACAAGAUUGUAUAUUCAAGAUCGUUUACGAGCACGACCAAUUAUAAAUGAAGGCUAUCCACAUAAUCAAACUGUUUUGGAAAACAGUACAGUUUAUAUGGAAUGUAAGGUUCUGUCAGAUUUAGAACCACACAUUAAAUGGGUCACAUAUUUGUCUCAGAAUGAAUCGAUUGAUGAAUUGCAGGAUUUCUUGCGAAGUUUUGCUGCGCAAAACUAUACACCACAUCCAUUGAUUCGACAGUUGAAGACUGAUCCCGAUAUGACGAACGUUUUAAAGUUAGAAAAUGUUACACAUGACGAUGAAGGCUGGUACACUUGCAUUGCGGCCAACAGUUUAGGUCAAACUACUUCGACAGCCUAUCUUACCGUUGUUGAUGAAAUCCUUGAGAAAGACAUGAUGCCUAUAUCGCUUCCAAUUCGAAAUCAUGGCGUUUGGGUGACUAUCGUUUGUGUUGUCACAAUACUUCUCUUCCUUGUAGCUUCUACGUUCAUUGUUUAUGUUUUACGAAAAUUGAAGCAUGAAAAGUUGCUAAAACAUCGAAUGGAAACUGUCCAUCAAUGGACAAAGAAAGUUAUCAUUUAUAAACCUUCGGCAGAUCCAAGCAGUCCCGAGACAAUGAUCAUGCCAAUUAUUAAAAUUGAAAAACAACGAACAACACUUCUUCAAAGUUCCAAUACAGAUCCGGCUCCGUUCAAUGAGUAUGAGUUCCCAUUGGAUUCGAACUGGGAAAUUCCUCGAAAUCAACUCAUUUUGGGUAACACUCUUGGUGAAGGUGCAUUCGGUCGUGUUGUUAUGGCCGAGGCAACUGGUCUCAGCAAAUAUCCUGGAAGUUGCAUCGUAGCGGUGAAGAUGGUCAAAGAAGGUCACACUGAUGCUGAUAUGGCCAGUUUAGUUCGGGAAAUGGAAGUUAUGAAAAUGAUUGGCAAGCACAUUAAUAUCAUCAAUUUGCUCGGAUGCUGCAGUCAAGAUGGGCCUUUGUAUGUUAUUGUGGAAUUUGCACCACAUGGAAAUUUGAAGGAUUUCUUAAAGAAAAAUCGUCCUCCAUCGUCAUUUGAAAUGUCAAUGUUGGAGAAUAACGAUCGCGAACACCUGACUGAGAAGAAUUUAAUUUCAUUUGCAUUCCAGGUGGCUCGCGGAAUGGAGUAUUUAGCUUCGAGAAGAUGUAUUCAUCGUGAUUUAGCAGCGAGAAAUGUCCUUGUUAGUGACGAUUAUGUCAUUAAAAUUGCUGAUUUUGGUUUGGCGAGAGAUAUCCAAGACACGGAUUACUAUCGAAAGAAUACAAAUGGUCGAUUGCCAAUCAAAUGGAUGGCACCAGAAUCUUUGCAGGAAAAGUUCUACGAUACUCAAAGUGAUGUUUGGUCGUAUGGUGUACUUCUAUGGGAGAUUAUGACAUACGGUGAACAACCCUAUCCACAAAUUAUGUCAGCUGAAGAGUUAUAUAGCUACUUGAUGUCGGGACAGAGGAUGGAAAAGCCACAGAGAUGCUCACUCAAUAUCUACAUGUUGAUGCGUCAAUGCUGGCAUUUUGACGCCAAUGCUCGUCCUACAUUUACAGAAAUUGUUGAAAAUCUGGACAAAAUUCUUCUGGCGAAAGUAAAUGCUAACGAGGAAUAUCUAGAUCUAGCUCUUCCAAUACUAGAAACACCGCCAUCUAGUGAUGAAGAAUCAGAUACAGAUACAUUACGGGAAACGACGCUACUACGAUAUCAUUAUUAAUAAACAAAAACACACACACAUACAAAAUAUGAGAAAGUUGCAUUAGUAUUAUAUAAAGCACACUUUCCCCUCAUUAGCAAUAUUUAUUAUAAAUAAUUUAUUGAAUUUAAUUCUUAUAGGAUUUUUAUAGAAAGAAAGAGAUUUAAAAAACUCUAACAAAAAAAAGGCAUUUAACAUGACAAAAACUAAUAAAGUUUGAAAACAAAAGUGGGUAUUUUACAAAGUGCCAUAUUGAGAUUAUUAAAAAAAAUAUAUAUAAACACACAAAUCUUAUAAGACUGUUUAAAUUGAAUAUUUCUUUUUUAUAAAAUUAAAAAUAAAUAAAUAAAAAAAAAAAAUUAAAAGCGAUUAAACCCACUAGUCAUUCUAUACCUGUCGAAAGCAUGAAGGCAUCACGCAUACAUUUUUAAAACGAACAACAAAAUAUAGGUUAAUUUAUAAUUCCUUACAGUAAAAAAAUAUUAAAUUUAAUUAAAAUCGAGUGAAAAUAUAUUAAAUAAUUGCAAUAACACAAUCAAAACAGUGUCUUACAUUCAAUUUAAAAUUAAACAUCAAGUUGAAAAACUUUUAUUAUUAUUAACAAAAUAAUAUGUACUAUGUAUAUAGGUUGUAUAUAAAUUAAAUAUUUUAAGUUUCUUAGUUUUUAAUUAAAUAAUUUUAAUUAUAAUUUAACUUAAUCACCUCGAAAUUCGA